UUGUUUGCCAAUUGUCCAAUUCGAGUUAUGUUUACUUUUCAAAAUCGACGUUUUAAUUUAUCGCACUGAUUGUUAGGCCUAACGUGAAACCUCUGUGCAUAAUCGUAGAUUCAGUGUUUUGACGAAAAUAGCUGUGAUAAAACAAAUGGCCUACACCAAUGAAAUGAUAAACAUUCCAUUAGACGAGUUACACGUAAGCUAUGCUGGACGACAGAAUUCAAAUGACCCUCCUGCAGAAGGGCCAAGACAGGCGUUUUCUUCUAAUAGUGAACCUGUAGCAACUGAAGAUAACGGAAAUAAACCUCAGGUUGAAAGUCAGAAGUCCGGACGGUUGUUGGAUCACAAUGCUUACGCCACGAAAAAAACUGUGGGCCAGGGAAUGCUUGACAUAGCUCUUCUGACCACUAAUGUCUCACAGCUGAAAUAUUUGCUCCAAGUUGGGAAAAAACACGAGUUUUACUACCUGCUGAUCACCUUGGUGAGCGUUUCAAUCUUUCUUCAGAUCUUUGUUGGAGCUUUGUUCAUAAUUAUAGCCCGAAUGAACGUCAAUGAAGAAAAGAGCCAAGGAAAGGCAAAUAUUUUAAACAAUAUUAUAACAGGAGCUGUGAGCGUUAUUACAGCGAUUAACAUCGUUAGUUCAGCUUUCAACAUGAAGAGUACGGAUGACGAUGUUGAGCCUUGAGUUGUUUAACCAGAAUAAGACGAAGAAUGUUGACAUCUAGCAAAGAGAGAAAGGAAAAUGAACGAUCUUUCUCGCUCUAUUGGAUCACCAAACUAGUGAUCGUGUCGCCAUCUAUUGAACAUUUUAAGAUAUUAGCAUUGUACUUUGAUUUUUGCACUACACACUAAAGAAUUCACAUAGCACCAUGAAGUUUCCAAGCACAUAAGAAUAUCAGCGGACACACACAAACACACACAUAAAACUUGGGAUGCCCUCUGCCUUUGUGUGGGGAAGGUGUGAUGUGAAAUUUGUCAUAUUACAAUCCCAGUAUUGUGUGGCCCUCUGACGUUUUUUUCCUUGCUGUGAUUAAUAGUUAUAUGUAUGAAACAUUGACAAGAUUCAUAGGCUCGAUCUAGAGAUUAGUUUUAUUUGAGGUACUCCAAGGUUUACUUUUAUAAACUGCUGUCAGCUAACUUUACUUACUUGAAGUUGUUCAAACGUCAUAAAGUACUCGUGUACUUCCCACAAACGGCAUGAAGUGCGAGUGUACUUCCCACGAACGGCAUCGAGUUUGGUUUCGUCAAAUUCCUUUGGAUCUGAGGGGUUUGAAGACAAGUGGACCAAACCUUUAGCAUCUUUCUUCUAAAAAAAACCCAUCAAAAUAUGAAUUACUCUUGCAGUCAAUUAUCUCUUAUUACUGUCAUGGUAAAAUUAAGUGGUAUCAAACAGUGCUGCUGUUUAUCAUCUGAAUCUUUGGUAUUUGGAGGCGAUGGAAAAACAUAAAGAUGUCACGAUAGUCGUUCAUGUAGAGAAAACAUCAUUCAACAUCUUUCUGGUGAAUACACUUUUUUUUGAAAGGUUUAUGUUAUUCUAUUUACUAAGAAACUUACGCACGUCUAUUUAAUGGACAUUCUUGGUUAGAUAUCAAGGUCACGGACAGAGAUCUAGUGGUACUCUAAGAAAUACCCUAAUAAAGUUUUGGAACUUAUCAGCUGUGAAAAUGGAACUCCAAAAAAGUGAAAUAAACCAGAAAGUAUCAAUGGACUACAAGGUACAACACAUUGACUAGAAAGUAUCAAUGGACUACAAGGUACAACACAUUGACUACACAAGGUUGAUUUAAGCAAUUUUAAGGUAACGUUUUGAAAUUAUUUUUUUAUAUUGUUUACACCAAAAGGUACUAGACACGGUGGUUUAUAAGAUAUGGAGUUUCAUAAACUGGGUAGAAUCUUGUGGGGGUGGGUGGGGUGAUUGCCCCUAUUUUUGGCAGAGUGAACAUUAAGAUCCCUUGAAAUACAACCUUCCACACAGAAUAUCGAUACACGUAUUUCAUUUCAUUUCGUAUAGUAUUUUAUUUUAAAGGUAUCGGCGAAAUUCUGUGCAUAAAAUGUCCUACAUGUAUAUGGUUGCACAAUACUAUUAAUGUUAAACAACUGAGUAUUCUUUAUUAUUUUCGUACAUUCGAUGCACUGACUGCUUCAUUAUUUGUAAGUAUAUCUUCCUUGAUUUGCUUUUUGCCCCACAUUUCCUUGAAAUUCCUUCCUUACGUUAUUCCGUUUUCAUCACUGAUCUGUUUCAUCAUAGCAUAUCUGGGUUUAAGUCUUUUAACUGCCUUUGAUCAUCCAGUAAAGUUAUUCUGCUUCUUUGUAAUAUAUUUUGAAAAUUUGUGCAAAUUAUUUUUUUGACUUAAGAGAUUUUCUUAUAUAUAUAUGUUACUUUCAUUAGCUUAGAAACUUAAUUAGUACACAGGAUAAAUCCGGUAAGAUAUAGCUUCACUUGCUAAAUUGGUAGGACAUCUUGGAGGAUUUCAGCCAAAGGUCUUUCAAAUGUUAGAUGAGCUUUCAUCCACAUGUCUCUAUUGUAAAAAGUACGAAGUCAUUCUGAAAGUUACUCAAUGUUUGAUGAGUAUAACUUAUGUAUUCAGUAUGGUACCAGUAUAAAAUGAUCAGUAGUAGUCAGAAAAGAAAUGUACAUUAAAUUUUCAACUCAUGAAUGUAUAAAACUAACGAAAUUACUAUUUUUUUAUGAAACAAGAAUAUUUCUAACGUACAUGUUCAUAAAGCUUUAAUUUCAACUCAUUAUAGAAAGAAAAAUUAUUUUUAAGAUCUUCAGUUUACCGAAGGCCUUCAAAAAGAAUCACCACAGUUAAUGAAAAUACCGACUGAUAACUCUUUUGUAGCUUUGCACGAAAUUCAACAAAUGAAAUAAACAUAAAAGUGCUGAUCAGAUUGUCAAAUGAAACUUGUUUUUCUUCCAGUUUAGGUUUCACCUUGGUUACUGUCGGGUAGAAUUUUCAGCGCUCGGCUAGUGAAAAUAGGGGUUUUCUCGUGGUAUUCCCUUUUUCCCCCACAGCUUAUCUGUAUGCAUUGAAUCUACUGAUUCCCACCACAAACUCUUUGGUAUUGUAUCUAACGGUCCCAAUAUUUUUUUUCGCGAAGUACUCCCUGUGUACCUUUUAUAUCACGAGCAGGGGAAACGAAAAUUAUUUAAUUUCCGAGCACUUCUGUGCUACAAUCACAAAUCCCUGCCACUACUACUACUAUUAAUGAUAUUUUUCACCACUAGAUGGUAGCAUUCUCCCGUGUAAAACAAUUCCUCUGGAGCACAUGCAACAGCGAUUAAGACGAAUGUUUUAUUUUGAGA